AUGUUUGUCACAGGUGGUGACGUCAUUCCCGAUCAUGGCUGUCCAUCGGGAUGGGACAACCACCUCACCCGAUGCUACUGGUACCUUGAUGGUUCAGCGCAGAGGGCGUCGUGGGAGGAUGCUACGCAGGCCUGCCAGGACAUCGGGGGCGAUCUCUACAUCCCAAGCGACGAUGAGGAGAGCGCCUUCGUGCAUGAAGCCCUUGGAAAGCGCGAAUCAUUCGGUUCGAUCACCAAGGGGAUCUGGAUCGGAUGUCACGACAAGGAAGUCGAGGGGAGGUACGACUGCUACGUGGAUAAUGGAUAUCGGAAUUGGGCUGCAGAUGAACCAAACAACCUUGGGGAGGAGGAUUGCUUUGCAGUCUAUGCCAGUGGUUCUAACGUCUCUCUUUGGAAUGACAAGAGUUGUCUGGAAUUGUACAAUGCUGUCUGUGAACGAGCUGGUACCAAUCUCUACAGCGUAACUCGGAGAUUCCAGAUGUUGAGCGAUAUCUCAGGCGGUUCGGCCUCGUUGCUCCCCGACCACUGCCUGGUAGAGUUGCCCGAUUUACAACCCGAUGGCUUUACCGUCACCAGCCUUAUCCGAUGCGCUGCUGCCUGCGCACAUGAUUCAGAAUGCGAAGCCUUCAAUUUCCUACGUCAUGGUGAUGUACCGCUUUCAUCUUUAUCAUCGUCGUCGUCGUCAUCGUCAUCGCGAUCACCGGGGACUUGUCAGAAGCUGUACGUGAAGAGUUUAUCCGAGAGUUAUGUCAUGACUGAAAUAGAUGGUUGCAGUUUUUAUGAGAUGAACUAACCGGACUAUAAUUAAGUAAAGCGUAACAUUCAUUUCCAGGAUACAAAAACUUUAAAGUAAAUCAAAGAGUAUAUACUGCACUAUGAUAGAGAUAAAUAUUCAUGAUAAUUG